CUCCAUUCCGUCUCCAUCCCGUUUCCCAUCCAGCCUUCAUCCCUCCACGCCAGCCCCAUCCUGUCAGGCAGGAUUCAUCCGUUAUCUCAUGAUGGGGAUCAAUCAGGCCUCGCGCUGGCAGUCCAAUCGCCUGCUGGAAUCCACCCUUAGGUCGCUUCGUCCGUUGACAGAUCUUCCCCAUUGAUGAAUGAGAGGUAUCAAGUCACACCCAACGAUAUCAGUCCUCGAACACAGACAACAGAAUGCCGAUUCCAGUGACUGAUGCGCACGGCUCUGCGAUUACCGCAGAGCCCAGCUUACCCUCACGACCAACAAUCUGCCUUGCCUUCUAAGAAACAGCUCUCCGUUCAUCCCGACGUGUCUUCGAUCCAGACCGACUCGGACGACGGUCGAAUCGCUACCGAAGACGAAGUCCGCGAUCUUCUCCAUGUGGUCGACGAGAUCCCCGUCCGACUCUGGAUCGCGUGUCUCGCAGGUAUCUUCGAGCGCUUUGUGUGGUACGGGGCGACGGCUCCUCUGCAGAACUACCUGCAAAAUGCCCCUGGCGGCGAAGUUCCCGGUGCCUUGGGUCUCGGAGAAGCGACUGCGUCUGAUGUCAUCAAUGCGUUGACGAUUGCCUCGUAUUUAGUCCCCAUUCCGGCUGCCAUUGUCACUGAUAGCUGGCUUGGCCGCUACAAGACGAUGCUGUACUCUGCUAUCAUCGAGGCCCUUGGGGCGACAAUCUUGUUCGCAACGUCGAUGCCAGCCGCCAUCCACGGAGGGGCUGCUCUGGGUGGAAUGGUCGCCGCCUGCGCUCUUAUGGGGGUGGGUUCCGGAGCAUUCAAGACCGCCGUGGUUCCCUUCAUUGCCGACCAGUACGUCGAAACCGAGUUCCGAGUCCGGACCCGGAAGACAGGAGAAAGGGUCGUCACCAGCCGUGAAUUGACCAUCACGUAUAUCUACAAUGCGUACUACUGGGCUGUGAACGUUGCUUGUUUUAUCGCAGAUUGCACGCCACUUCUCGAAAGAUAUGUCGGCUUUUGGCUGGCCUACCUGAUUCCGUGCUGCAUGAUGUGGCUGGCGCUGACUCCGCUCCUUCUGGGAAGAUCCCACUUUGUUCGAACAUCACCCCCCGCCAACAUUAUGCCCCAGGUGGCUGCUGCCCUGCAAUAUGGCAUUGCGGGCGGCUUCAAGAUGGAAGCCGCACAGCCGGAGGUACAGCUGGCACAGCACGGCCGACAAGUGCCCUGGAAUGACUCGUUCAUCGAAGAUAUCCAGCAAAGUCUUCACACCUGUCGUGUUCUGCUGCUAUUCCCAAUUCACUGGCUCUGCUUCAACCAGACAUUCAACAACCUGAUCUCCCAGGCCGGGCAGAUGAAAACGUACGGGAUCCCCAACGACAUGAUGAAGAUCGCCGGGGCAUUCUCGGGCGUCGUCGUCGCCCCGAUCAUCCAGAAGGGACUGUAUCCGUUUCUGACCCGACACCGCAUGCGGUUCGCUCCCAUUGCGCGCAUGGCGGUCGGGUUUCUCGUGCUGACGGGGUCGAUGGUCUAUACCACCGUGGUUCAGAAGCUCAUCUACAGUGUUGGACCCUGCUAUGACUACCCUCUAGCAUGUCCUGCAGCCCACGACCGCACCGUCCCAAACCAAAUCUCGGCCUUCCUGCAGAUUCCCACCUAUUUCACGGGCGCAGUGGCCGAGGUCUUCUGUAUGACCACGGGAACGGAGUACGCCUACAGUCGGGCGCCCGACAGUAUGAAGACCCUGGUCCAGGCGAUCUGGCUCGCGAUGGCGGGCAUUGGAAGCUGCCUGGCGCUGGCGUUUACGCCGCUCACGGUAGACCCCAAGCUGGUUACGAUGUAUGCCAUUAUGACUGGGCUGAUGGGGGGUGCCACGGUGCUGCUGUGGGUGUUGUUCAGACAUCGGGACAGUGCCAAGGAGGAGGGGGUGAGUGAGGCAGGAUCGAAUUGAUCUCUGCGAUGAGGGGAGAGAUGGUUCCCGAAGUAGGACUCGAGUCAGAGGGUUGAUUGUUGAGCCUGACGUGGAUAUUAUAGUAUGAUCGUGGCGUCCUUUUUGGAUUGCAGGAAGGAAAGGAGGGGAGGGAGGGAGGGAGAAAAAGAUCGAAAGCCAAGGUGUCGAUGACCGUCAUGUUCAUUCCAUCUCAAACUGAGAGAUGUAUAGGGCUCUGCAUAUAUCUCCGUCAAAAUGAAUCAAGACAGUCUUCGAGGCCUUUUCUGUUCCACUUUCCUCUCUUUUUUUAAACGGACCGACUGACAUGUACUUACACCCACAGUCACGACAACCAAAAUCACCUUGGCCCACUCGUCUCCCCCCCCC